CACACAACUACAUCAAAAAAAAGCUCAUAAACAUUGAACAAAAAGCAAAAGAGAUUAUCCAAAAGACAAAAGUGCAUACACUUUCUCUUUUCUUUUUCAAGUUUGUUAUCUUCUACGCUUUUUAAACUACAAGCUGCAAAGAUGCAAGAAAAGUCGAAAAUGCAGAGGAAGAGAUCAUUGGUUGCUCGUAGAGCUUGGAAUGUUCUCCGACUAGCCUUGUUAUGGGCGAGAAAAGGUGGCAUUUUCAAGAACAAACACCUUGUGGAUCUCCGUUUGCUUCCUAAAUAUUUUAAAAGUCUUCGUCAUACCAAUGAUCACUAUGGGACACUGCAUUAUGGGGAGCGUGAGUUUUCCUUUGAUGACACCCCUGUCUUUCAUGUUAAGAUGCAUCGUCCUGCUUCCUUGCGUUUCAAGAUGCCUAACAUUCCCUGCAUUAAACCUCAAGUCGACUUUGACUUUGACUUUGAGCGCGAGGAUGAAAUGUACAAUGAUAACAAUAAUAAUAAUAAUGAUGACGACGCUCCUUGGAAGAGCUUCUUGACGACUGAAUGUCAAGAGGAUGAGUAUAUGUAUGAGGAGAUCGUUGCUAGUGGCGAUGAUGAAGCUAUUGAUAGGAAGGCAGAUGAGUUCAUUGCGAAGUUCUAUCAGCAAAUGAAGCUGCAAAAACAAUUGUCGUAUCUACAAUACCAUGAAAAGCUCGCUAAUUAAUGGAGGAGAGAGCUGCAGACGUUCAUUAUUUCUUGUAUCCAAACCUUGCAUUUGUAUUCUCUCUGUAUAGGACAUUUUUGUAGAUAGAUGAGGUAUUCCAUUCAAAAAAUGCAAAAUAAAAAUGUAUCAAAGUUCGAGCUGAUAUUUAUUUGGAUUAUUUUUCUUGGUUUCUGA